GAUAAAACUUUAAUUUACAAAAAGAAACCUGGCAACUAGCUGCUUGUAACAAUCUCAGGAAUAAUUAGUUAAGACAGCGGCUUUUUUGUUGAUUAUUUAACUUAAAACCAAAUAACGAUGAUUUUAAAGCGGUUUUGCGCAAGUGUGCAGGUUUAUAAGAAAUAUUUAAUUGCAGCGGCAAAUAAUGCCCAUACUUCAUAUAAAUUUACUUCAAUUACGAAUUACGGACAUUGCAGUAUAAUAAGUAAACAUAAAUUGCAAGCACAGUUUAUUUUACCUCACAUUGCUUGUCGCAAAUGUCAAGUGCAAAGGCAUUACUCAAGAGGCCUAUUGGAUGGUGACACAUCGGACUUGCAGAAUGCAAUAAAAGAGAGAGAACUAAAAAAUCUGUCUGCCAUAUUCCCGAACCCGCGGGUCACACUUAACGAACUAGCAGCCAAAUGCCCCGACAGUGUGUUUGAUAUCCACUACAAGCAGACCUCUAUAGCCCCAAAGGGCGUUAGGAAGAAGUCUGUGCAAAAUGAGUGGACCUGUACAUAUUCUUUUGUGUGGCCUCAGAAAAUCAAGUUUGAAAGCACAGCAAAGUCAAAACGCCUAGCCGCAGAGAAAGCAGCAUUUCAAGCUCUCCACUGGCUACAAGUAAACAAGAGAAUGGACAAUAAAGGUCAACCGGUAUUUGACAAAACUGUUCUAGAGGAACUAAACAAUUCAUUAAAAGAACCAAUCAGAGCCAGUAUCAGUGAGAACUCUAUGGAAAGAAUUAGCAGGAUAUGGGAAGACUUCGAAAAUGGAAUAAAGGACAUAUAUACGGCAACAAUUGAGGCAGCAUCAAAAAGAGUUAUUGAGACACCAGCAGUUUUAACAAAAGAUUCUACCAUUGACGAAGAAGACGAACAACCACAAAACACUGAUUUGGCGAAUGAACCUGAUGUUUUAUCAGAAUCGAAAAUCCCCGUGCAUCCUGUGUACGGCAGGCACAUAUCUCCGCCGACAGAGACGGCGCUCGACAGAAGAAAGAGGCAGCUGAUGAAAUCGUUUCAAGUGUACGACGAAGAACACACACCAUUACCUAUUGAUGAACACAGCGAUGAAAUAACUUCAGCGAUUUCCCAAUCCCGAGUUGUGGUGAUCGUUGGGGCCGCGGGAUGCGGCAAGUCGACUCGGGCACCUCUCGCCGUGUUGCGGAGUAGGCCCGACGCGACGGUGAUAGUGUCGGGCCCGCGACGGGUCGCCGCGGUUGGACUCGCGAGGCGGGUUGCCGGCGAGCUGGGAGAGAAGGUGGGCGAUACAGUAGGCUACCAAGUGCGCCUGGACUCGAAGCCACCCCGACCUCCUGCGGGCUCUAUACUCUACUGCACGUCCGGAGUUUUGCUUCGCAGGCUGCAUGCUAAUCCUGGUCUUCACGGAUGCAGCCAUGUGUUUAUCGACGAGGCUCACGAACGCGACGUGAACACCGACAUAACACUGCUUCUGCUGAAGCGAGCGGUGACCCUCAACCCAGACCUACGCGUGGUCGUCAUGAGCGCCACGCUCGACGCAGACGCAUUUACGAGAUAUUUCGAUUCGUGUCCAGUCGUUGAGGUGCCUGGGCGAACAUUUCCUGUGGAGACCUUAUAUCUGGAGGACAUCAAACAGAAAUACAAUUUGGAACUUUGCAGCACAUUCAAAAACUGCAAAAAAGAAGACGGGAAGCCACAUGUUAACUGUCAAGAGGUUGUGGAUGUCGUAAAAGCUGUGGACCGAACGGAACUGGAAGGCGCCAUUUUAGUUUUCCUGCCCGGUUGGGCCGAGAUCAAACAGGCGAAACUUUUGCUCGACCGGUGCUGCGGUGAUAGCACGCAUCUAGUAUUGCCGGUUCAUUCUAGGUUGUCUACAACGGACCAAGCCCGCAUGUUCUCCAAACCCCUGCCAGGCGUCCGCAAGAUAGUGCUGGCUACUAAUAUCGCAGAAACCUCCAUCACCAUACCCGACGUCGUGUACGUGGUCGACUCGGGCGCACACAAGGAGAACACACUCAAACAGGGCACCGGCACGGCGAGCCUGGACACGGUGUGGGUGUCGGGCGCGGGCGCGAGGCAGCGCGCAGGCCGCGCGGGCCGCGUGCAACCCGGGUAUUGUUACAAACUCUACACGAAAGAAAAGGAAAAUGAUUUUACGCCGUUUUCUACUCCCGAAAUACUAAGGGUACCUUUAGAGCAAACGGUGUUGGAUUGCAAGUCGUAUGCUCCAGACGAUAAGGUAGAAGAUUUCUUGUCGCAGCUGCCCGAGCCGCCCUCAUCUAAAGCUAUACAGUUUGCAGUAAAUGACCUUAUUGAUUUAGGUGCUCUGUCUAGAAGUGGGCAGCUGACCCGCCUCGGGAGCCUCCUGUCCUCGUUCACGGUGCACCCGCGGCUGGCGCGCGGCCUGCUGGUGGCCGCGGUGCUGGGGAACAGCGCGGCCGCCGCCAACGUGCUCGCGCACUGCGCCGACAACGUCGAGGUGUUCGCUGACGCUGCCGACAGGAAGGAAGAGAUCCGUGAGAUAAAACGCGAGUUUAGCGCGACGUCGGACCACGUGGCCCUGCACUGGAUCCAAGAGGAGUUCGAACGCGAGCGCGCGAGGGGCGAUAAAGCAGUCGAAGCGUGGUGUGGGCGCUAUGGACUGAGGAGGGAUCGCCUAGCCUACGUCACUUCUAUCACCAACCUGUACCUAGAGCAGCUCUUGAGAAGCCCAAUAGUGCAGCCGCUCCUCGACGUGGAGGAGCUGUCCCGGUUGUCGGGCGUCGACGAGCUGACGCCCGCCGCGCUGCUGUGCGGACCCGACGCGCUGCUGCUCGCCAGCGCGCGGCUGCGGACACACGGCAAGCUGAAGCCUGAAGCCAGGCUGAUCACCAGCAAAGGCGACCGCGCCCACAUCGGCAGCGAAAGCGUGAACCACGACGCAAAGAGGAAACGUGGCGCGCUUAUUGCGUACUUCGGCGGUUUCCACUCGCUCGAGCGGCGCGCCCUCGUCGUGCACAAGACUUCCCGCGUCAGCCCGCAGGCGGCGCUCGCGCUGUGCCAGGGAGACGUGUCUCGUGACACAUACGAUGACACUACAGUACUGAGACUCGCCUGACACAAACUCGACGUACAUGUACCAACUAGCCAAGUUGAGCACAUAUUGAAAGCGAGGGAGAUGCUAUCCAGAACUAUCGACUAUUACAUCGAACGCGACUCAAACGCCAUCUCUUACGAGGAGAACACAACCGUAUCCAGGUUCAAAGUGAGAUUAGUCAAGGCUAUCGGCAGGAUACUAGUGGAAGCACACAAGCAAUUUGAAGAUAAACGCACUGGAAUCACGGAAGAAUUUAGAUAAAUAAAUACCUAUGUU